GCCCCAUCUCGCCAACUCCUUUCUCAAGACUCUUCUUGGACUGAUAACCAACAGUGUCAGUGUAGAGAGAGAAACUCCAUCUGUCAAUCAAGUUUCUAGAGAGAGAAACUUCCGUCAGAGGGGGGAACUUGGGAGAGAGAAAGGCAGCGAUGGGUUUCUUAGAGAGAGAGAAAGAGAUGAACUAGAGCGAGAAAGGAAGCGUGGGUUUUUUAGAGAGAGAAAAAGCUUCGACGCCCUGCGCUUUCUAAUGGCGUACGCACCGGGCACGAGAGGCGUGGAGAGUGCGCUGGUUUUGGACUGAUGUAAUGCUGUGUCAGAUGUCUCUGGAGGGCUGAGGUGAAGCUUUUAAGUCCUCUUUCAUGGCGGGUGAUCUCUGCGAGUGUGGUGUAGAAUUUCUGCAUUGAGUUAAUGGCGGUUGAUUUCUCGCUUGUUUGUCUGUGAAGAGAGCUAGGGGCUCAACUUUAAUGGUGAAAGUUGUGUUCACAGAGGGAACUGGCGGUCUUAUACCUUCAAGCUCGACUUUAAUAGCUGACAUUGCAAAAACAUAUCCCUAUAAGUGAAAAAGGUGCCUGCUCCUUUUUCCUGGUUUCAGUUAAUGAAGCAUUUGGUGGACUUGAACCGGUGGUAAAGUCCUUGGAGAAAGAAAGACUCAUGAACUGAGACUCAGAUAGUAGAAAGUAUCAGAUCUCCUGUCACUUCAAAGGAAGCAUUUAACUCAGCUUUAAUGGCGGACGCAACAGAAGCUAAAUCCAUGGCUGAUGCGGAGAAGAAGAAGGAGCUGAGUCUCCCUUUCUAUAAGCUUUUUUCUUUUUCAGAUAGUUAUGACUGGUUUGUUAUGACAAUAGGAACCGUAGGAGCAGUUGUUCAUGGAUCCUCCAUGCCUGUGUUCUUCUUGUUCUUUGGUGAUUUGGUGAAUGGUUUUGGAAAGAACCAGAUGGAUCUGAGGAAGAUGACAGAAGAAGUCUCAAAGUAUGCAUUAUACUUUGUCUACCUUGGGCUGAUUGUUUGCGCCUCCUCAUAUGCAGAGAUUGCAUGCUGGAUGUAUACUGGAGAGAGGCAAGUGAGUGCUCUAAGAAAGAAAUAUCUGGAAGCUGUAUUGAAACAGGACGUGGGGUUCUUUGACACUGAUGCAAGAACCGGAGACAUAGUGUUCAGUGUUUCUACAGAUACACUUCUUGUGCAGGAUGCCAUUAGUGAGAAGGUAGGGAAUUUCAUACAUUAUAUGUCCACUUUCCUUGCUGGUUUAGUGGUUGGGUUUGUCUCAGCAUGGAGAUUAGCACUUCUGAGUAUUGCAGUUAUACCUGGGAUUGCAUUUGCUGGUGGUUUAUAUGCUUAUACUCUCACGGGCCUCACUUCCAAGAGCCAACAGUCAUAUGCUAGUGCUGGAAUUAUUGCUGAAGAGGCUAUUGCACAAAUUCGGACUGUAUACUCUUAUGUGGGAGAGAGCAAGGCGCUUGGUUCUUAUUCUGAAGCCAUCCAGAAUACAUUGAAGCUUGGCUACAAGGCUGGCAUGGCAAAGGGAUUAGGCAUUGGAUGUACUUAUGGUAUUGCUUGUAUGUCAUGGGCUCUGGUUUUCUGGUAUGCUGGAGUUUUCAUCAGAAAUGGCCAAACAGAUGGUGGAAAGGCAUUCACUGCCAUAUUCUCUGCCAUUGUUGGUGGAAUGAGCUUAGGCCAAUCUUUCUCAAAUCUUGGAGCAUUCAGCAAAGGAAAAGUUGCAGGUUAUAAACUAAUGGAGAUUAUCCAACAAAAGCCUUCUAUUAUUCAGGAUCAGGCAGAAGGAAAUAUCUUGGAACAGGUCCAAGGCAACAUAGAAUUCAAAGAUGUCACCUUCAGUUAUCCUUCACGACCUGAUGUUGUUAUAUUUCGCAGUUUAUCCAUUCUCUUUCCUGCUGGUAAAACAGUUGCAGUGGUUGGGGGGAGUGGAUCUGGUAAAAGCACAGUUGUGGCUUUGAUAGAACGAUUUUAUGAUCCAAACCAAGGACAUGUGUUACUUGAUAAUGUGGAUAUCAGAACCCUGCAACUAAGGUGGCUAAGGGACCAGAUUGGUCUGGUAAAUCAAGAACCUGCACUAUUUGCAACAACCAUACGAGAAAACAUUCUUUAUGGAAAGCCAGAUGCUACUAAUGAUGAAGUGGAAGCUGCAGCAGCUGCUGCAAAUGCUCACAGUUUCAUAGCGCUUCUUCCUAAUGGCUAUGAUACACAGGUAGGAGAACGUGGUGUCCAGCUUUCUGGUGGCCAAAAGCAACGAGUAGCCAUAGCCCGAGCAAUGCUAAAGAACCCCAAGAUCCUCCUCCUUGAUGAGGCUACCAGUGCCUUAGAUGCUGGGUCUGAAAGCAUUGUUCAGGAAGCUUUAGACCGCCUUAUGGUGGGCCGAACCACUGUGGUAGUUGCUCACAGGCUCUCGACCAUUAGAAAUGUUGAUACCAUUGCUGUAAUUCAAAAUGGCAGGGUUGCUGAGUUAGGCAACCAUGACGAGCUCCUUGCUAAGGCCCCUUCGGGGGCCUAUGCAAAUCUGAUCAGGUUCCAAGAGAUUGCCAGGAACCGAGAGGGCCUUUCCUCUACAAGGCGCUCUCGCUCCUCCCGACUCAGCCACUCACUCUCUACCAAGUCCCUAAGCCUCCGUUCUGGCAGCCUGCGAAAUCUAAGCUACCAAUACAGCACGGGAGCGGAUGGGCGCAUUGAAAUGAUCUCUAAUGCUGAUUCAGGAAAGAGGAACCCAGUGCCCAAAGGCUAUUUCAUCAGGCUCCUUAAGCUUAACAUGCCCGAGUGGCCAUAUGCUCUUCUUGGUGCAGUGGGUUCUGUUCUCUCAGGGUUUAUUGGACCCACUUUUGCCAUUAUAAUGAGCAACAUGAUUGAGGUUUUCUAUUACAGAGACCCUGCUGCUAUGGAGUCCAAGACUAGAGAGUUUGUGUUCAUGUAUAUAGGGGCUGGGCUCUACGCUGUGAUAGCCUAUUUAGUUCAGCACUAUUUCUUCAGCAUUAUGGGGGAGAAUCUCACUACUAGGGUUCGAAGAAUGAUGCUUGCAGCUAUUCUGAGGAAUGAAGUGGGCUGGUUCGAUGAGGAGGAGAACAACUCAAGCCAAGUUGCCUCUCGUCUAGCUACUGAUGCCACUACUGUAAAAUCUGCCAUAGCCGAGAGAAUGUCUGUGAUUCUCCAAAAUAUGACUUCCCUUCUCACUUCAUUCAUUGUGGCUUUCAUUAUCGAAUGGCGAGUCUCACUCCUCAUUUUGGCCACUUUCCCCCUCCUUGUGUUUGCCAACUUCGCUCAGCAAUUGUCACUAAAAGGGUUUGCGGGGGACACAGCCAAGGCCCACGCAAAGGCAAGUAUGGUUGCCGGAGAGGGUGUGAGCAACAUUCGCACUGUCGCUGCCUUCAAUGCCCAAUCCAAACUCCUAGCCCUCUUUCGACGCGAGCUCCGCCCUCCUGCCCAUCGCGCUCUACGACGCAGCCAAAUUGCCGGCCUCCUCUUUGGUGUCUCUCAGCUUGCCCUCUAUGCUUCCGAGGCUCUCAUUCUCUGGUACGGUGCUCGCCUUGUUCAACAUGGCACCUCCACCUUUUCUCGCGUGAUUAAGGUCUUCGUGGUGCUCGUCAUUACUGCCAACUCUGUUGCCGAGACUGUUAGUCUCACCCCUGAGAUUAUCCGGGGCAGUGAGGCCUUAAGCUCGGUCUUCUCCAUCCUUGACCGCCCCACGGCCAUUGACCCUGAUGACAAGGAUGCCGACCCUAUUGAGUCAAUACGUGGUGAGAUUGAGUUCCGACAUGUCGAUUUCUCAUAUCCCUCCCGCCCUGAGGUCCAGGUUCUGAAGGCCCUCAACUUACGCAUUCGAGCUGGUCAAAGCCUAGCCCUCGUAGGUGCAAGUGGCUCUGGCAAAAGUUCAAUCCUCGCUUUGAUCGAGCGCUUUUAUGACCCCAGUGCGGGUCGAGUAACCAUCGAUGGACGUGAUAUUCGUCGCCUAAACCUUCGUGAUUUACGCAAACGCAUCGGGCUUGUGCAACAAGAGCCUAUCCUCUUUGCGGCUACCAUACACGAUAACAUAAGCUAUGGUCGAGAGGGGGCAACUGAAGCCGAGGUGAUAGAGGCAGCUAAGGCGGCGAAUGCACACGGGUUCAUAAGUGCCUUGCCCGAUGGUUAUAAAACCGCUGUUGGAGAGAGGGGUGUUCAACUUUCAGGGGGUCAGAGGCAGAGGAUAGCGAUCGCAAGGGCAGUGCUCAAGGACCCGGCUGUGUUGCUCCUGGACGAGGCCACGAGUGCUUUGGAUGCAGAGUCAGAGCACGUUUUGCAAGAGGCCUUGGAGAGGUUGAUGAAGGGGAGGACCACGGUGGUGGUAGCGCAUAGGUUGUCCACCAUUAGGGGAGUGGAUAGUAUUGGGGUUGUGCAGGAUGGGAGGGUGGUGGAGCAAGGGAGCCAUGGGGAGCUUGCCUCUAGGCCCGAGGGUGCAUACACACGCUUGCUGCACCUCCAACACUACCACCACCACAGCUGAAGUAAUUGGCCUCUCAUUCUCUCUCACUCUAAAGUUCGUCUCUCUCUAAAGUGCCUUUCAUGUGUUAUGCAUGUGUUGCUGAUGCCGUUUGUUUUUUCUUUCUAUUGGCUUGGUAUUUCUCCCAUUUCUUUUUGCUUUUGAGUAGGUUGUCUAUGUUUUGUAGAUAUGCCGAGGUACGUGUGCUUAGACUUUCAUCUUGAAUCUUGGCUCCAAAUCUUCUUAUAUAUAGAUAUAUUUUAUACA